UGGUGGUUCUGCCAGUACGCGGCGAGCCUCCGUGCAGGUCGGACCGGUGUCGGGAUUGUGACGUCGUAGUGUUGUGCCAGGCAGACGGACCGGAUCACACACACACGCGGGCGCGCGCGCGCACACGUUGGACCCAGGCUCGCGUUUUCGUCUUUAUUUUUUCUGUUAAAGCACUUCACAAGUUUUUAUUUUUUAUUUUUCCCGUGCAAGGUGUGGAUGCUAUUUUUUGUAUUUUAAUUUAAAAAAAAAAAAAAAAAAAAAACCUCUUGUAAUAGACUCAUCCACCUACCAAAUUUGGAUUCUUCUCUCACCUCAUCACCCCCCCCCCCCCCACCCACCACCACCACCCCGUUGAAUUACCAGCGAAAUCAGAUCUAAAUUGAGCAUUUGUGGAUUUACAAGCCGGAGAUUGUGAUGUGCGCCGACUAGACUUGACAAAUAUGCCUUCAUGAGCGUGGAGAUGUGGAAUUAAAUCUCCUUGCAUUUUUUUAUGUUUAUUUUUUUUUGUAAAAAAAAAAAAAACCCAAAACAAACAAAGACAGUAUAUGUAUAUUUUGGUCGCAGGGUGUGCAGGAGCAAGGUAAUGGGAGAGGGUGCACACGCAACAAGGGAGCGUUGUUCGGAAACGAGACAAUUGAGGCACAAGACGACAUUCAUUUGACAACAUUGGAUUCGCUGGAGCUUCUAUUUUGUGUCCUGGACCGCCAUUUUUAUUUAAAUUGUGCUUAAGGAGAACUAAUGGCACUUUAGUGUGGAAGUCAUGGAAUUGCUGCAGAAAUAACCCAUAAAGUUAUUUUUAUUUUUAACCCCUUCCUCCCCCAUUCUUUAUCCAUGAGGUUCUGACUCACCAGGACAUCACCUCCAGUUUUGGAACUUUAAAAAAAAAAAAAAAAAAAUUGUUUUAAUCAUUUUAUUUUUUUUUUUUUUUUUUUUAAUUAUCUUUUGGUAGCGCCACUCGUGGUUCCGAACUUGGAGAUGGCGAGUCCGUGGAGUGUGAAUGGAUUGUGUGUCGUGCUGGUGUUCGUACUGGAUUUACUGGGAACCACGGCCAGCAAUAUGGAGCCCAUCUACUGGAAUUCUCUCAACGAGAGGUUUCGAGACGAUAAGGGCUACGUCCUUUACCCUCAGAUCGGCGACCGGCUGGACCUGAUCUGCCCUCCGCUGGACACGGCGCGCUCCACGCCCGAGUACGAGUUCUACAAGCUGUACCUGGUGUCGUCGCGGGAACAGGCGGACCGCUGCGAGGUGACGGGGCCGCCCAACAUCGUGCUGACGUGCGACGAGCCCACGCGGGAACGCCGCUUCACCAUCAAGUUCCAGGAGUUCUCGCCCAACCUGUGGGGCCACGAGUUCAAAAGCAUGCACGACUACUACAUCAUCGCUACAUCAGAUGGGACUCGCCAAGGUCUGGACAGCAUGAGGGGAGGAGUUUGUGCCACGCAGGGCAUGAAGGUGGUCCUGAAAGUGGGGCAGAGGAACUCAACCCAUUCGAGAGGACCGAACACCUUCGGAGGAGCCGAAGGCGGCGGGGAGAACGGGCCGCUGCAGCCGUCCAACAUCGCCCUGAUUGCGGGCGCGGCCGGAGGUUCCGCUUUCCUGCUGCUGGUCACCGCCGUCAUCUGCGUAGUGUGCUACAGGCGGCGGCACGCCAAGCACUCGGACACCCAUCACCCUCCGCUGUCGCUGUCGUCGCUCACCAGCCCCAAGCGAGGCGCCGGCGUGGGCGGCGUGGGCAGCUCCAACAACAACGGCUCCGAGCCCAGCGACAUCAUCAUCCCUCUGAGAACGUCGGACUCCGCGUACUGCCCGCACUACGAGAAGGUGAGCGGCGACUACGGACACCCCGUCUACAUUGUGCAGGAAAUGCCGCCGCAGAGCCCGGCCAACAUCUACUACAAAGUAUGAGAACUGGACUUCCCGGCCGUAGACCCCCCAGAAUCACUCCGAGCCCCGCCCCAGGAAGUCCCAAUGCCUCCCAUCCGCCCGCCCCCCUCACCUUUCUCCCCCUCUCACCUGCCACAAAAAUCCAACCACCGUCACACUUCAAGUGUGCGUGAAGGUUCGCCAGCCCACCGGGACACAGCCGGAACCUCUUCGAGGUGCAAUUCCCAGAAUGCACCUGGAAGUGCGUGACUGUGGUUUUUUGGACCUUCUGAGAGCAAAGGACUAUAUUUAAAAAAAAUAAAAAAAAUAAUUUAAAAAAAUAAAAAAAAUCAAUCAAUAAAAAGCCCAGACAGUGCUGAGGAACUCCCAGUCGCCAUACCUGCCUAGAACCCAGCAGCCCGCCCCUUCACAGUGCCAUCAGCCAAUCAGAGACUGGGCCCCCUUCUUUGCCGCUGACAGCUUCGGGAUUUCUCAGAGCAAAUAAAGAGGAGCGGCCUCUUGGACUCGGCCAAUCAGAAAAGCCAGGGUGGAGGUCAACUGACCGGACCCGGGGCCCGAGAAGGUCUCUGAGCAGUCUUGGCGCGCUGACACUCAGACUCUUGUAUAUUUUAAUAAGGCGUGUGUGCGAAUGUGUAUAUGUGUGUGAGUGUGAGUGACAAUGGCGUGACUGUGCUCUUUAGACUUGUCUUAAAAAUACCAAAACAAAAUAGUGAGCGGCUAUCACAAAAAAAGAAAAAAUCCAAUCCAGUGAGAUUUUUCUAUGGCUAUCAACACUUAUAGAUGAUAUAUAUAUAUAUAUAUAUAUAUAUAAAUAUCUAGUAAAUAGAUGGUUUUUUUUGGUUUAUUUUCUAUGAUUUAUGUUGUAUUUGACCAGCUAAAACCACACCUCUGUUGCCAGCCCCUUUUUCUAUUCUUCACAAUUUACCGUGGUACAAUAUGCCUUUUAUAUUCAUUUAAUCCCACUUUAUUUUUUAUUGUUUGUCAACCUGCCCCCCCACCCCACCCCAAGGUGUUUGUAUAUUUUUAUAGCUUCUUGUUUGAUGCGUGUAGUGUUGAAGUAUAGACCUCGUUUGUGGAAGUGUUGAGGUAGAGCCAUCUAUGAUCGCUUUUUGUUUUGUUUUAUUCCAAAAUGUUUAGUUUUUUUUCCUUUAUGUGGAAAGAAGAGGGGAUGAGGGCAAGAGAGAGAGAGAGAGAGCGAGAGCGAGGGCAAAGCAAAGCGAAGGACUGUGAGGAAAUUGCACACGAACGACAAAAGGAGGACUGAUAACGAAGGAUCCGAAUGGACAGGAUGAGGAGGAGCAGCCUCGGCAUCAAAACAAAUUCCGGAGUUGGACUCAUGCAUCUCGAUCACAAACACACACGCACACAAACCGCACAUCGUGUUACAUUAUUUGUGUAUACACUUACACACACGCUUGUUAAUGACUGCUACUCUGAUUGCAUUGAAACACAUACACAAUCUCCCCCCCCCCCCCACUCCCCCGCCCUGAAAAUUAGCAGCAAGCAAAAGCAGCAGAUCACCACUGCAGGUGGUGACCAGUCGCUAGCGUUCAAGAGGCGCUAUUUUGUUCACGUGCUUAGCGGUAAACGUUGUUUUGUGUUGCUCAGACAUGUUUGUGGCUUCUGUGUAAACGGGGAUGGCACACGCACAGCACUUGCGUUCAGGGUGUUUGCGCGCACAUGUUUUGCGGUAAAGUUGUUUUGUGUUGCUCAAACAUUUUGUGGCUUUUGUGUGAAAUUGGUUGACGGUGGCAUACACACACACACACACACACACGCGCAAACACACUCCAGCUUUUUUUGUGUGAUCCUUCCUUAACUGUAUUUUGUAUCAGUACCUAACAUCAUCUACACUAUGUAUUAAGAUGUGCUUUAAUUGUCACAUUCGCCCAUGAUGGUGAUUAUUUUUUUGUUUUUGUAGCCUGGUUGCUUCUGGCCGAUAUUUGACGGUUUUGAAAUUGAGUUUAAAAAGACGAAACACGGUCGUGUGUGUGUGGGGGGGGGGGGCUCUUGGACGUCGCUCUUGGACAAGCCAAAAACUUUUGUUGUUUUUAUGUUCAGUGUUCCCAUCUUUGUCUAUUUCGAACAUGCAGAGAGAGUCGCACGCGUGCCCUCCGAGGCCUCGGUGGCAACUUGUGCAUGUACUUGUGUUAUGUACAAAAAAAAAAGUGGCUGCGACCUCAGUGGUGUUUUUUUUUUUGGGAAGGGGGAGGGGGGUGGAGUCCAGCAAGCAUCCCCCCUCGGACCGCCAAGUUUUUCAUGUUUUCACGUGGAUUUGAACAUCUCACUGUUUGUGUUUGACUUCUGGGUGAGUGCUAGCUGUCAUGGAACCAUGGAGGAAGGGGGGCGGCGGGCAUAACCAUCUGGUCAAAGUGUGUGUGUGUGUGUGCGCGUGUGUGUGUGUUUGUGCCAUGCAGCCCCUCAAAUGUGACGCGUUGUAUUUGGGGCACCUCUGCAUGAGGUGUGCGUGACGCCACCUCCCUCCCACCCCCACCCCCUUCCACCACACACACCUCUGAAGAGAGGAAAAGAUGAGUACAUUCCUGCUUUGGAGAAGAAAAAAAACUGUUGAAUAAUAAAAAAGACAAAACAAAUGUUU